UCGUCGUCCUCGUCCCUUCUCACUUCACAACCUACCGCUCACUCCACCCAACCACCUCUUACCCCAAAUCUCUUCAGUCACAAGUCGCCGCCAUGGAUAGAGCUCUGGACGAAGUCGUUCGCGAGAGGCAGCAGAACAACAGGAAUAGAAGCCAGCGCCGUAGCACGCCCCGUGGCGGAGGCGGAGUUCGAAAGCCCACCUCCAACUCUGGGAGGAACGGUUACGACGAGUCUAGAUUAUGGGUCCACGACAAAUUUGACGGCGACGAGGCGCCGCCGAGGAGACAGGCGGAUCGCGGUGACAGGGGCGACAGGGGCGACAGGGGCGCGGCUUCCCGAGCUCCUUCCCAAGGCACCAAGAUCAAAGUCUCGAACCUGCACUACGAACUCGGUGAAGACGAACUACUCGACCUCUUCCGCCGCAAAGGCCCCGUCCUAAAGCUCGAGAUGGUAUACGACCGCGCUGGCCGCAGCGAAGGCACCUGUUUCGUAUCGUACGCGCGCGAGUCGGACGCGGCCAACGCGGUGCGCGACUUCGACGGCGCGAAUGCCAACGGCCAGCCGAUCACCGUCUCCCUCGUCUCGCUGCCUCCGAGGGGCCUCUUCGAGCGCAUCAAGCUCAAGAAUCCCGAGGAGCCCGUGCUCAAGGAUGAGAGGAGGGACCCGACCAGGAAGCCGACGCCACCGGGUAUCGACAGGUACGUUCCGCCAGAACGACGACGUGGCGGCGGCGGAGGUGGUGGCGGUAGGGAUGGCGGUGGAGGUGGAGAGAGGACGCAGAGUGGUCCUAGACCUGUAAGAGAGGACAGGGAGAGGGAGAGGGGUGGUGGCCGUCGUGGUGGACGGGGCGCAGGAGCUACCAGUGGCGGCGGCGGCGCUGGAGGUGGAAACGUCAGGCCCAAGAAGACGGUCGAAGAGCUGGACGCCGAGAUGAACGACUACUUUGGAAGUGCGCAGGAUGAGGUCCCCGCAGCUCCACCCGCUGCCGCCCCGGUAGCAGACGAUGCAGACAUGAUAUUGUAAGGCGGGAGCGUGAGCGACUGUCGGAGAGCAAAACUGAACUGAACUGGAGGCAUCAUGGGUUUUGAUUUUGUGUGUGGUUUCGAUCUUUCGAUUUUCGUUUUGUAAUCUGGUGCUGUGCGGUGCGGGGCGGUGCGACUGGCUGGCUGGCUGACUAUCUACGAUGAUAAAUACCUAUGGCGGGCGGAAAUGGGAACGAGAGUAUAGAGUUCCGAGAGGGAUACCGUGCGUUGAUGUGUCGGUUGUGAUGUUGUACUGAAUUGACUCGGGAGGUAGAGAGUGUGACGCCAGUCCUCGACGUGGAUAAUGGCCAUGUGUGUGAUGCGCGGUGAGGCCGGUUACCAAGCUCCCCACGCGUAUGUACUGUCUGAAAGAUCGAAUAUAUACGUACCCG